CCGGAGGUGUCCAGCGCUGCCCGGCCCCGCCAUGCCCCGCUCCUUCCUGGUGAAGAAGCUGAAGGCGGAGGCGUUCCCGGCCGCCGGGGCCCCCGCGCCCCCCUACGCCCCCCUGGAGCCCCCCUACACGCUGCCCGGCCCCGCCGCCGGCGAUGGGUACCUCCAGCACUGCCUGGCACCAGCUGGCUACGACACAGACAAGAAGCAAGGUCUGCCACCACCACCGCCGGACCCAGCCUAUGCACCCGGCCACGAGGAGUACAGCGACCCCGAGAGCCCCCAGUCCAGCUUCUCCGCCCGCUACUUCAACGGGGAGGCAGCGGUGACAGACAGCUACUCCAUGGAUGCCUUCUUCAUCACGGACGGGCGGUCGCGCCGGCGCAGCGAGAGCCAGCGCCGAGGCAGCCACCGCCACUCCUGCCCCGAGUGCGGCAAGACCUACGCCACCUCCUCCAACCUCAGCCGGCACAAGCAGACCCACCGCAGCCUGGACAGCAAGAUGGCGAGGAAAUGCCCCACCUGCGGGAAGGCGUACGUCUCCAUGCCCGCCCUGGCCAUGCACGUCCUCACCCACAACCUCAAGCACAAGUGCGACGUGUGCGGCAAAGCCUUCAGCCGGCCCUGGCUGCUGCAGGGCCACAUGCGAUCCCACACUGGGGAGAAGCCCUUUGGCUGCUCCCACUGCGGGAAGGCCUUCGCCGACCGCUCCAACCUGCGCGCCCACAUGCAGACCCACUCCGCCUUCAAGCACUACAAGUGCAAGCAGUGUGAGAAGACCUUCGCCCUCAAGUCGUACCUCAACAAGCACUACGAGUCCGCCUGCUUCAAGGGCUCCGAACACAGCUGUGCAAUAGGGAACUAGGCCCCCAGCCCGCUGUGGCGCAUCCCCAUCUUCAUCCCUGUAUCCAAUCCCCAUCCCCAUCUCAUCCCGUGCCUGUCCCCAUUCCCAUCCACAUCCCACCCCAUCCCCAUCCCCAUCCCAUCCUGGUCCCAGUCCCCAUGCCAGCACUCCUGCAGCUGCAGCCAGCCAGUUUGAAGCUGUGCUGAGGCUGGAGGACACAUCCCUGCAGACUCACUCCCCACCUGGGAGAAGGAUACCCUACUGCUCCCUGGGAAGGGGGUACCCCGCAAUGGGACCCAGCUCCAAGCCUAUGGGUCCCCGAGCUCCCCCUGCAGCCAGGCAGGUUUCUCUGCAGGGGACUCACCUGGGGACCUCUUCCAGAUCCAGGAGAGAUUUCCUCCCCAGCUUGUGAUUUUCACCUUUAUUUAUUUAAUUUAUUACUAUUAUUUAUUUAGAGCUGCUGCUUCUCACUCCGGGGGAUCCCGGGGGAGAAAAGACACUUUUCUGCUCCCCACCAGGAGCAUACCCUCCCCUUGACCCUAACCCUGAUGGGACCAUGGGCAGAAGCUACUGCCGGCUCAGCAGGACUGACGGCCACUGAGGCUGACGGAGGGCAGGGCUACCAGUCACCCUUGGAGGCUGCGGUCCCUGCAGCCCACCACCCAGGGCACCCUGCUGCCCCCCUGCCCUCUGGCACUGUGUUCACCCUGGCACUGUGGCUCCACAGCCCCAGAGUUAGGGGAAGAGCAAGGGGCUCCCAGCAGAGAUCCAUGGGAUAUGUCCUCCGUUGGAUCCCAGCUCCUGGCUUGGCCAGGCACAACUGGCCUCCGCCACGGUGAUGGGCUGGGAAAUAGCCCCCCCAGACAGGUGCAGCCCCCCUUGCCGUGCGAAUGGCUGGGCUGGCAGCUGGGCUGGAGACCCAGCCCUGGGGCAGGCAGCACCCAAACCCCCAACUGCCCCCCCAUGUAGCCCUAACCCUUCCUCAGCCCCUUCUCCAGCCAACUCCCAGCUCCUCACCAUCACCCCCCCUGCCUGCGCUCAGGAGGAGGGGGUGAGAGUAGCCGUAAAGUUUGGGUGAGUCUAUUUAAAUGUUCUUAUUUAUAUUAUUUAUAACUUAUGCUUUUCACUAUUUAUUUGCCAAGACUGGCCAGGCCGGGCCAGCGCUGGCUCACAGGAGGUGGCAGAGCUGCAGCAGAGCUGCCGUGCCCAGGACAAGCCACGGUGGCACAGAUGGGGACAGGACCCUGAGAGUGGACAGUGCGGCGGGGCCUGGGGAGGGCACGAGCUGGCCCAGCAGCCUGGGCUCCACGCCCUGCAAGCCUCCCCCAAAGGCAAAGCGCUUCUCCUUCGUCUUCCUUACUGCCGCAGGCUCCUGCUUUGCUCCGUGCCCCGUGCCAGCCCGGUGGGGACAAACCAGCCACUCUAUGCAACCUCCUGGCGGAGCCUCCCCUCACCGGCCCCGGAGCGAGCGCCGUGCACGGCAUCCCGGAGCGGGGCCCGACCCACGCCUCCGCCUCCUACCUCGGGCCACGAGCUGCCACAGCCCCAUCACCCUGUGCCAGUCCUCGACACCUUGGGGCUCAGCCCGGCACAUCACGGGGCCGCACUCGUGCACCCCCACACCGUCUUCCUGCACCGUCUUCCUCCCUGCACCGUCUUCCUCUCGCCGCCUCGGUGCCCGCGUUGGUCACGGGCUCAGUGGGGAUGUCCCUGUCAUGCUCCUGCUGUGGCACUGUGGUCAUGCAUCCGCACCCCACGCAGGGGAUGACCAUCGCCCCGGCCAUGCAGGCACCCUCCGGGCUUUCCCCGUGAUGCCGGCGCCAUUCCACGGAGCGCGGCGUCCUGCAGCCGGCAGGCUCGGAGCACCGCGCCGCUGCCCCUCUCUCCUGUAAAUAGCAGAUACUACAGCAAUAAUUUUCCGUGCAUGAUAGAUUUUUUCUGCCAGGUUUUGUACUCGCCAGCCCCAGUACGACAAGUCUACUGAGAUCCGGCCGCCCGCAGUAUUACUUGUAACGCAAUUCAGGGAUAUAAAAGGGAUUUCUGCCACUAA